UGCCUCAGAAUUAUGUGUAAGGUAUUUUAAUGGGAAUGUCCGUGCGCUUGCAUUGCACGGUAAUACUAGCGUAGUCGGACUUCUUGCAGUGAUUUUGCAGCGAGCAGUCUUUGGUGCUCUGUGGAACUGCAGCGACCCAGAAGUUCAUAUCGCCUAAUAUGUUUAAUACGUGAAUGUCUCCACUGAAACCAGCAGAGGGCGACCGUGAGUAUAGUGUCGCUACAGGAACUGGAAAACUGAAAAUCUUUGUUCGGCCUGCAUGUAGAGUUUGGCUUGUGUGGCCGAGUGACAAAUUGGUUUUUGGCUUGUUGUAAUAUAAUAUAAUCCGGGACUGUGGCAACUCCCCCAGUUCAGACAGUGCAGAGCUGGGCACAAAAUGGCAGCGACCGGGGAACCUGUCAGAUUGGAGCGAGACAUCUCUCGGGCCAUCGAGCUGUUGGAUAAGUUACAGAGGACAGGAGAGGUACCUCCGCAGAAACUGCAGGCUUUACAACGAGUCCUGCAGAGCGAGUUCUGCAAUGCAGUGAGAGAGGUGUACGAACAUGUGUACGAGACCGUGGAUAUCAAUAGCAGUCCAGAGGUGAGAGCCAACGCUACUGCCAAGGCAACUGUGGCUGCCUUCGCUGCCAGUGAGGGUCACUCCCACCCCCGGGUAGUGGAGCUGCCCAAGACUGAGGAGGGGCUGGGCUUCAACAUCAUGGGAGGGAAGGAGCAGAACUCCCCAAUCUACAUCUCUCGCAUCAUCCCAGGGGGCAUCGCAGACAGGCAUGGGGGCCUCAAGAGAGGGGACCAGCUUCUCUCCGUCAACGGGGUGAGUGUUGAAGGUGAGCACCACGAGAAGGCAGUGGAGCUGCUCAAGGAAGCCCAGGGGACGGUGAAGUUAGUGGUGCGAUACACGCCCAGGGUGCUGGAAGAAAUGGAGUCCCGCUUCGAGAAGAUGAGGUCGGCCAAACGCAGGCAGCAGAUGAGCUUUCCUGAGUAGCCCCGCGUACUCGCUGUCACACAGAGGUCUCUCUUCUGCUCUCUUCACAGGAAACAUCUCCGUUACUGAUAAAGAUAUUGUUCACUGUUUUAUAUUAUUGAUACUAAGUGACGUGUGUUUGUGAGUAUGUGUGGGUGUGUGCAUUAUGGAAUUUUUAGUCCAGGGAUAUUUGUGAUAAUAACUGGUAAAAAUGUAUAACAAAUUAAGACUUAUUAUUUUCCAUGCAACAAGAAAGUUGCGAAAACAUAAAUCCUAAUGACAUUAAUGUGGGAGAUACACAGGGACUGGACAAAUGAAUUAGAAACACCUAGAGUAGGGACCCAGCAUAGGCAGCCAGGGAGUAUUGAUACAACAUUAUGACAUGGCAUCCAAAAAUAGCCUCCUCUAGCACAGUGGGGUUGGAGUUCUGCAGCAGUCUUCUCCAGAAUGGCCCAGAGUCAUUGCUUUAUCUUGUGAAACUACUUCAGCGGUGUCUCGGACACGAAAGCACCUGACAACCACAACGUUUUGAGUGAAACUGCCUUGUUACACGGAGAAGCCACUUCUAUUAUGUUACUAGUUGGUGUUCCUAAUACUUAGUUCAUCUCCCUAAAUAAUGUCAGACAGUUCCUAUGCAACAUGAAUGACUGUUUGAAUUUGGGAUCACAAGCACUGCACUGAAUGUUUGUACGCAUAUUGUUUUCAGUUUAACUUCCACACUAAUCUUUUCCAAUGGGAGUGUUUUUUUAUUUUAUUUUAUUUUAUUUGCUUGGUACCAUAUCGUUCCCUUAUUGAAGAUUGAAAUGCACUGUUUCGUAUUGUUCUUGUUAUUACUAUUAUUAUUAUUUAAAGAACACAUUUUCUAUCUGUCUAAAAAGAUUUACUAAAUUCCACGGUUUUGAGAAAUAAGAAAGACCUAUUCAGCUAAGGUUUGAUUGCAAAGUAGUAGUUGUUUUGCAGUUGUAGAGACACAUACAUUAUAGACACGUUGUCAAGUCCUGUCAACACUUCUGUUCAGGCGAAACAGGAUAAGUAAAUCUGUACAAACAAAUCGCUUAUUGAAAAAAGUAACACCUGGAGCCUUUGCCAGACAGAUCUAGUUUCAGAAUUACAGUAGGUGUCAAUGACGGUGGACGUGUAUUAUUUCUGUGAGUGAUAGAUAACUCUCAGUUGGGCUUGAACUAGCAGCUUUAUGGAGAAGGUGGCUUUGAUUUAGAAUUCUAGAGUGGUUUAUUGUUUUGGGUUUUUUUUCUACUGUUGGGAGUACUUUUUAAUGCGAGAGUUACAAGAAAAGUAAAAAUUGCAGUUAUCACAUGGGCAUGCUUGAAAGCAGAGAAUUGCACGUGCUUGAUAAAUGGAUAUACACACACUAUUGUGACAGAAAACAAGGGAGAAUCAAAACCUCUCAGCAAAAUCGGCCCCUGAACAAGAUCUUAAAUGUAAUCGUAACUGCUGAAAUAACGUUCAGUCGUGUUUCAAUCAAACCCCAGUUGGCUCUUGUGUGUAAAUGCAUGGCAAUUGAAAGAUAACGGUGUUGACAGCAUGGAGGAGAAAUAAGAAACAGGCCGUUUGGCUUCCAGAGUACUGUAGGGGCCAGUCAACACAAUCUGGCAUGACAGUGGCUUAGCAUGCAGGAAGAUGAACUGGAAGAAUGCAGUUAACCAUCACAAAGAAAUUCUGUUUAAUAUAAAACUGGAUUGCUGGACUUUUGAGCCAUUAACCGUUAUGUUUCAAGUAUUCUCAUUUCAGUAGUUCUGACUUUUUAAAUUAUUAUUAUUAUUAUUAUUAUUAUUAUUAUUAUAACUAUUUGUAUUUGCUGAAAGUCUGGGCAAUUAUAGCCCAGUAGAAUGAAUUAAGUAUAAACUGCCAUUUGUUGUAACCCAAAUUCCACCUUUGUGUUUACUUUGUGUGAGUGUUUUUUAGCACCUGUUCCUACUUUGAUAUUUUCAUUUUGAUAAAUGGUUUCAUAGAUCAUUUUAAAAUUAUUUUUUGUUAUGGCAUUAUUUACACUUUUCGAGUAUCAAGACCAAAAUCCUGAAUUUUAAUAACAGUAUAUGGAUUGAUUUGUCAGCGAGUAGAUCACAUUAUUAUUAUUUUUAUAACAUAGUUGGGGAUGUAAGAAUUAGGAAAUGCAAAUUGUGUUUAUUUGAAUAAAAACUGCACAAAAUAAAUUAUAUCACAAAAGACAAA